AUGGAGAGUUGCUCUACUGCCUCAACACCCAUGAGCUCAUCAAUCAAGCUUGAUAAGGAUGAAGAUGGUCAAAGUGUUGACAUCAUUGCAUAUCGUGGGAUCAUUGGUUCUCUGCUCUAUAUAAUAGCUAGCAAGUCGGACAUUCUCUUCGAUGUUGGUGUUUGUGGGAGAUUUAAAGCUAAUCUUAAACAAUCUUAUUAUGUAGUUGCUAAAAGAAUUUUAAAAUAUCUUAAGGGCACUCAAAAUGUUGGACUGUGGUAUCUGAAAGAUUUUAGUUUCAAUUUGAUCAGCUACUCUGCUGCAGACUAUGCAGGUUGUAAGGUGGACAGGAAGAGCACCAGUGGAACGUGCCAAUUCCUUAGUGAUCGACUUAUUUCCUGGUACAACAAGAAGUAG